ACUAAGAGCUUCGGUUGCCAGCUCUUUGCACAGCACACCCUUCUGCAAAUCUCCACCAGGAAGGAAAAAUAGCACCGCGGUGUCCCGGGAAUAUGCAAGGCGACCAGUGCUGUGUCAAUGCAUCCUCCAGCGGUGAGAGGAUGGUCUGGCCAAGCAAGCCACCUGCGGUAGGGUCACCAUCGCACUCGCAGGCUUUCUGCCAGAAGACCAGGGUGACCUAUGUUGUGGGUUUCUCCAGGAAGAUGCGCUGCUGCACCGGACACCCCAGGGAACUUGCGACUGUGCAACUUUUCCAGGUGCACGGAAAUUCCUCUUCACCCUAUCCCAGACAGUCACUCAGAGGGUGGCGGGUGAUAGAAGACCCCGGAAAGGGUGGGCGAGACCCAAUUGCAGGACUACUAGUUAGCACUGGGAGGGAACAGAACACCUGGAAGGGAAGGCUCGCCCAGUGUGCCCAGGCCCACCCAGCCAAGCCCUCCGAUCUCCGAGUUCUCAUAAGACAGGUCCAGUCCGGGUGGCACCUGCUGCGCCCUAGUCGCCUCUGUAUUCCUAACCUCUGUAAAGGACUGCUCCCGACCGCUACAGACGCUCUUUUCCGAGGAACUAGAGGAGAGGCGCUGCGCUCCGCCCCAGGGAGCGCGAAGCCGAGGAGCCUGGGACCAGCCUCUGGGAGUCCCGGGCGCGGGCGAUGCGGGCGCCGCGGGCGACACCUGCGGCUCCUCUCGGUGGCAGCCGUCGCCUGGGCGGCAGCAGCAGCGCAAGCCUCGGCAGCUACAGUCGCUGCGGCCCGGACAGCCUCCGCUGCUGUCGCCUCCUCUGCAGUCGCGGUCUCUGAUGCUCCUGCCCGCUCCCGGUCCUGCCGAUCCGGGAGGAUGUGGGUUCUCGGCAUCGCAGCAACUUUUUGCGGAUUGUUCUGGCUUCCAGGGCUAGCGCUGCAAAUUCAGUGCUACCAGUGUGAAGAAUUCCAGCUGAACAACGACUGCUCAUCCCCCGAGUUCAUCGUAAAUUGCACCGUGAACGUUCAAGACAUGUGUCAGAAAGAAGUGAUGGAGCAAAGUGCGGGGAUCAUGUACCGGAAGUCGUGUGCAUCGUCAGCAGCCUGUCUGAUUGCCUCGGCCGGGUACCAGUCCUUCUGUUCCCCUGGGAAACUGAACUCCGUGUGUAUCAGCUGCUGCAACACUCCUCUUUGCAACGGGCCGAGGCCCAAGAAAAGAGGCAGCUCUGCCUCGGCCGUCAGGCCAGGGCUUCUCACCACUGCCCUGCUCUUCAACUUAGCCCUCUGCUUGGCACACUGCUGAAGCUAAAGGAGAUGCCAACCCCUGCUGCGUCAUCUGUCUGGCCCUCCCUCUCUCACUUCCUUGAGCCUCUUCUGGGUGUCCUUUAAUUCUGGGUAGACAAAGGGGCCUGUUUGUUCCCUUUCAAGUAAUGCAAGAUUGCCAUGCACAAAUACUUUGUAAGUUCUGAAACAGUUCAGUCCGAAUUUCUGUGUGUAGUUGAAGCAAAAGCUUGGAGCAGAAAGCCCAGGUCUUCCCAUCCCAGUCCACGGAGCCACCACCAAGGCCAGCCUGGAAGAAUCAGCCCUUAGAAGUCAUUGCGAUAUGCAUCUGCCCCUCCCAAAGCCUCCAGCUUCCAUUCUGCCCCUGAUGGAGUCACAGUCUAAUGCAGGACGCUGCGUGAAGGUAACUUGGCUUUUGCGGGAGGGAGGAGCCAGUUUCUGCUCAAGGCUUCUGAACUUGGUAUUCACACUUCCUGCUCCUGUAAACCAUUUUCUGUGGCAGAAUCAGCUGGUUUGGUCUCUGAGUCGAUCUGUGGUGACUCAGGACUCAAGGACUGGGGCUUAGCGUCUCCGGGCCUGGCCUCAGCCUGAAAAGUGCUUAGGAAAACCUUGUUAGAUCUCCUGGAGGAAGAGUUCUGCCUGGAGGCUAGGAAGAUGAGGGGGCUGCGGAUGGAGCGGGUGCUGUCCUUGGUGGAGCUGAACUGGGCACGCAGGCGUUUCUCGUGGUUGGCGUGCUGCAGAGUCAGGCGGCAGCAGAGGACCUGCCAGAACACCUUCCGGAACUGCUGAGAGGACACGUUGUAGAGGAGAGGGUUGACCACAGAGCUGAGGUAGAAGAAGGUGUCAGAGAAGGGGAGAAGGAUCAUAUAUGCCCUGAAGUACGACUUGGUCCAGUCAUGCUUGGGUGUUGCCGCAGCCAUGAUCCGCCGAACCUGAUUUGGCAUCCAACACACGGCCAGCGUCACCACAAUCAGUCCUGGGCAGGCAAGAACAGGAGAGAAAACGAGACGUGAGAGAAAAACAGCAUGAGAAGAAAAAUAAAUAAAUAAAAACCCAUAAAAUAUUCAGCCCUUGGUUCUGUUGCUUACUGGCCAGGAAACAGUACCAAUUUCUCAAUGCUGUGCUUGACGGCUUCUUUUUGCCAUUGGCAAAGGAGAAUUGAAUGCUGCUUCAAGCUCAGGGGACUUGGCUAUGUUAAAGAGCGUUAAAUGCUUUCGACAGUGUAUUUAUACCUGUGGAUGCCUGUCAGUUUUCAAAUGUUUUCACUGUUGUGUGUAUAUCCAGAAAAUAUCUCAUGUUGGCCAUAAAUAUGAUUUUGUCUUUUUGUUUCUAGAUGGGCCCAUAGCCAUAUUAGAUGAAAUGGGAUUUGUUUUGUAAACAAUGACUGAACUAAGAAGACCCAGUGAUAUUUUUAAGUCAAAUGGAAGUUGUUUCUCUUUGGUUAAACAAAUAUAUUUUAUGACAAUGAUUUUGCAUCCAGUUUCGGGAGAAGCAAAAUCAGGGACAAAUUAUUAUAAAGAAGUACCACUCAGCCCCCUCCUUACGCAUGAGGCAUUGACUAUCUGGACACUCACUUGGAUGCCCCACACUUGCAUUCUGGCUUACAUGAUCACAACCACUUCUACAGUUCUGACAAAUACAUACAUACAUAUGUAUAUAUAUAUAUAUGUUUAUAUAUAUAUACACACACAUGUUCAUCUACAUACACAUACAUACACAAGUAUAUGUGUGUGUGUGACCCAAAAGGCAUGCACAUCUCUAACAAUGAUGCUUCUAUCUAGUUCAGGAUCUCUGCUGCUUUUAAAACAUUUUCAGAAGCAAUGCCCUGUCCACCUUCACAUGGGAAAACAAGUUAUCACCUAACACCCCAAUCUCUGAAGCUCAUUUUGUGUACAGACAAGAGCACACUCUCCGCCUUUGUAGCACUGAGCUGCAGUGUGGCCAGGAAUGAUCAGGUCCUAUAGAAAAGGGAGCUUCCAUCCAGCCCGCCAGCUUCCAGACACCAUGGAUGCUGCAUGCUUUCACUCCAGCUUACCUGAUCACAGCCCCUCCUAUACUCUGACAAACACCUGGAAUCAUAAGAUGGUGAGACUUCAUGGACUAAACAAGAAAAGUAAACCUGUCUUUAGGACUUUCUCUUAUCUCAAGAAACUGAGCACACAGAACAAAGGUUCCUGUGAGAGGGGCUGAUAUCUUAAAGCAAGAAUUUGAUGGGACUGGAAAGAUGGUUCAGCUGUUAAGACCUAAGUUCUGUUCCCAGUGCCCACAUCAGGCAGAUGGCAAUGGCCUGCCACUCCAGCUGCUGGGGGAAGCUUACACCAUCCGGCCACCUCAGCACCUACAGCCCUGUGCACAACUCUCCUCACAAAAUUAAACACAAAUAUAUUUUUAAAAUUUUUGCAUUUUACAAGUACUUCUUCCCAUUCUGAACCCUCCGUCAUAAACUACAGACAAGUGACUAUUGGUAGUCACUGUUCCUUUCCUAGAAUAGAUGGUAAAUACUUCAUUAGUUAGUGGUCCAAGGCAAGCAGACAUGUUCAUGAGGCCAGGGUUACCCUGAGUAUCCUUUGACUGGUGGAGGAGGAGCCCUUGAUUGACAGUAUAUAACUCAGCUGCUCCCAAAGACAGACCCUCCAAACAAAGGCAUCUCUCAGCAGGGAGGGCCUGGGAAAAUCUGGUCCUUUGUGAAUUUCUAAGGAUUCCUUCUGCCAAACCUCAGCCAGGGCUUUGAGAUAAAAACCAAUCUGCUUGUUUCUUCCUUUUGAAUUUGCUUUCCCGAGAAUAGUCAGUAAAUCUAAGAAUAAAAUAGGCAGCGUAGCAUAUUGAUCUGAUGAAAAGGCAAAAUAAAUAAAUAAGUAAGUAAAUAAAUAAAUAAAUGCUAUCUUGAGUCAAGAGCAGAUUCAAAACCACCUUGUUACCUUUGCUGGAUAGAGACAAAAAUAGAAACUUUCUGAUCUAUGGAAACAAUGCCUGCACAGGAAACCGGGAUUUUGAGGGGCUCCCAGCCGCGUGUUGGAUUUUUUCUGAAGUUUCAUAGUUCUGAGUGGCUAGUUCAGUAUUGAUUAUGAAGGAGAACAGACGCCUGAAUACAUGAGGAAGGGACAUGUUUUCGCAACGCUUCACAUCUUCCCCGGCCCCCAACUGAAUUUUGCAGAACAAGUCCAGCUAUCGUCUGAGGAUGUGUUUGUUAGAACAUGAAAAUCCAGUGCGCAGCUUUCUGUGCAAGCUGUGUGACACUGUGGGAGGGUGCUCUCUGAGGAAGUAGAAAGCUGACUAGAUGCUCCUUGUACCUCCCACAGGCUGAAUGUGGCAUAGCUUUGGGAGCCAACCAGGAAAGAGAAGGCAGGGCAGGGUGGAGAGGGAGAGAUGUUGGGGAGGAGGAGGAGAAGCACCCCGAGAACAUCGCAUUACCUUCUGCUGUCUUCAUCACCUGCAUGCACACCCUUCCAUUAGCUUCCUGCAUGUGUUUGCUUGACCCCAGUCAUCCUGCAUUGAUCAUCCCAUCAAAAGAGAGUUUAGUUUAAAAACAAAAGAGAAAAAGAAGAGAAGAAAGAGGAAGAGCAAGAGGAGAGGGAAGAAACCCGGUGUCUAGGUAGGAGAAAAGGGAUGGGCCGGACUGUGAUCCAGAGCUUGCUUUGUAGUUUCAGCCAGGAUGAUAUCCUGGCUCUGAAAUUGAAAUGAGAUAGCAAAUGGCAGGUGGGUCCAUUUGAGUGAGAAGCAGCAAAUGGGAGAAAAGAUCAGAACUCCUCAAGGAUGAGGGGAGCUGAUGAGGAAGCUAGGCCCUCUGGCUGUAGAAGUAGGUUGGUAGGACAGUAAGCUCAGGCUUGGAAGAAGAAAGACAUGGAGUAUGAAUAGAAAUGGGUGGGUUCUAGCAGGUCUAGACACAGAACCAGGAGCUGCAAACUAGCUUCCUCCACUCCAGUUUCUACAUUGGGCACUUACUCCCCACAUGGAUUUCUCUUCUGACAACCCACAGAGGGCAAAGCAAUUAGGAUCUUCAUUUAAAAGAAUGAGAAACCUGCUCAUCUCCAAGACCUGGGAUGCAGGAUCCCCUUUCCUCCCAAGAUGCAAUACUAUCAAUUUCUCCUAUUUUCAGUUGGAUAAAAAGCACAGGCAAGGUGGCUACAGAGAUGGCUUAGCUUUUAAAGCGCUUGCCUCCCAAGAGUUCAUGUCUCUGGUACCCAUGUGAAUGCUAGAUGGACAUGAUAAGUUCACCUGUAAUGCCAGCCUUGGAAUAUGGAGUCUAGGGAUUCCCAGAGCAACAUGGCUAGUAAGACUAGCCAGAUAGGUGACCUCUGGGUUUGAAUGAGAGGCCUUGCCUAGGCAAAUAAAGUGCAAGAGUUAAUUAACAAGGAUAAACAACUUGACAUCAAGUGUAGGCCUCCACAUGUGCACACAUAUCCCCCCACACAGAUGCCAACAUGCAUAUGCAGACAUGCAUGCACGUACUUGCACAUGCCACACACAAAGCGACAGGCAUGAAAAUGGAAGAAAAAAACAGGUAAGAAAGUAGUCAUUAACUGUGACCCAUAUAUGAUGUCAUUACACCCACUGAAAUAACAGAAGCCAUACAUUUAAUUUAAAAAUUUUCAACAACAAUUUUUAUAAUGCUACCUAGCUCCACACACAUAUAGCUGGACUUCUUAUGCAAGUGAAAUAUGGAAUCAUUAUGAAGAUUAUUGGUGAGAUAUUUUUUAAUUCUUCACUCGCUUCUGCUGUAUACUAACUCUCCAACUGCCCUUUUCCCAGACACCUACACAGUCAGCACCCAGGAACCCCUUAAGCAGCCUGCAUUUGCAGCACUACCAAGCAUUGCUGAAUCCAAAUUGGAUUUCUGAAUGUGUAUCCUGACUGCUUUGCCAGCCUCUCACUAGAAACCAUUCCGUAAAAGUGAUGAUCAAAUUAUUCAAAAAUCUGCAUUGUUCUGAAAGUACAAAAAUGUCUCCUGCAUGUCUCAUCCCAAACUCUGACUCUUGGGAACACACAAAUCAUGCCCACUGCCUGGUGGAGCUGUUGGCAUAUCCUUCCCCCAGCCUCAACUGGAGGUAAGAGAAAUGGCUGCCGCUCUGUGUCUAAAAAGAUAAUUUUGUUCUAGGAAAAUGGAGUGCUGGGUCCAUAAGGUGUCACCAAUGGCAGUCUGAGGCAUGUGCCCUCAGGCAGUGUGAGAGUUGAGCUAGCUUUUCUAGAACAGGAAGCCACCCAGUCCCUGUGUGCAAAAUUAAUCAUUUCACAAUGCCAGGUAAUUGUUCAUUGUUACAUGUGAAAAAAAAAUCAUGCUUUUCCACAAUACACCAUUGAGAAUAAAUACCAAACCUACCAUGUCCAGAGGACACUUUCUCUUUUGGCUGUUUUAAAUUUUGGUUCAACUCCAGUUCCAGCUACUCUAUAGCUAACACAAUGCUUUAAAGUCUUAUUCAUGGUUUAAUGGAGUGCAUUAAAGAUUUGACUAAAUUUA